AAAAAAAUGGCGGCAAUAGAAGGACCCCGGCCUAUAGGUCGGUUGUAACCCGGAAGUGCCCUGCUAAAGAGGAGGCGGUGAGACAAUCCGGAAGUGGGAGUAACGAAGAGGUGCCACUUGGCGGCCAUGGCAGCUGUAGUAUUGGCGACUCGGGGUCAGGGCCUGGCUGAGGGAAGUACCAUGGGUAGCACCGGGUAUAGGGCAGAGACAGCAUCGUAUCGACUUUGCUGUUGAGUCCUCAGGCCCAAGUUAGAGACUUGCAGGACGUCUUGCCCGACUCUAGACUCGGAAGGUAGUUUGCUGGGACUGGUGGGUUGGUCCCUUCCCUGGGGGCGUAUCACCUGCGGUGCCACCCCUGGGAACAGGUACGGCGUGUGAAGAAGACCCUGGGUUUACCUCUUUUUUCCUGCCGCUAUCAGGGACGUUGUCUAGGGGAGCGGGUCGUUGUGUCACCCUCAUUCCUACGACUGAGAUCUCUUUUCGCACAAUUUCUCCAUCUGUUACCGACCGGACUCCCAGUGACUGGCAACCAAAGUACCUAAGAUUGCGCGAAGUUUUCUCUGGUGCUAGCUGGUAUCAGCAGAAGGAGCUUGCUUCUCAGGAGAGCGGCGUGCUUAGUGAACGAACACCCCGGCUGGUAGCAAGGCUGAAAGAAGUGGGGGAGAUUCUCCUGUUUUCUUGGAAGACCACACGUUUGAACAGCCUAAGCGCCUUUUGAAACUGCUGGAAUUUUAAAGCUGGGUGGUAGAGGGUGACGACAGGAGGGCAGAAUGGAUGAUUUUCUCUCCAUUAGUCUGCUGUCUUUGGCAAUGUUGGUGGGAUGUUACGUGGCUGGAAUCAUUCCUUUGGCUGUUAAUUUCUCAGAGGAGCGGUUGAAGCUGGUGACUGUGUUGGGUGCUGGUCUUCUCUGUGGAACUGCACUGGCGGUUAUCGUACCAGAAGGGGUGCAUGCACUUUAUGAAGAGGUUCUGGAGGGAAAACACCACCAAGCCAGUGAAACGAAGCAGAAUGUGAUUGCAUCAGACAAAGCAGCAGAAAUCUCAGUUGUCCAUGAACAUGAGCACAGCCAUGACCACACACAGCUACAUGCCUACAUUGGUGUGUCCCUUGUGCUGGGCUUCGUUUUCAUGUUGCUAGUGGACCAGAUUGGCAGCUCCCAUGUGCAUUCCACCGAUGAUCCGGAAACAGCGAGGCCCAGCAGUUCUAAAAUCACCACCACGCUGGGGCUAGUCGUCCAUGCUGCAGCUGAUGGUGUAGCCUUGGGAGCAGCAGCCUCUACUUCACAGACUAGUGUCCAGUUAAUUGUGUUUGUGGCAAUAAUGCUACACAAGGCUCCAGCAGCAUUUGGGCUGGUUUCCUUCCUGAUGCAUGCUGGCCUGGAGCGGAAUCGAAUCAGAAAGCACUUGCUGGUCUUUGCAUUGGCAGCACCAGCCAUGUCCAUGCUGACAUACUUAGGAUUGAGUAAGAGCAGUAAAGAAGCCCUUUCAGAGGUCAAUGCCACUGGAGUGGCCAUGCUUUUCUCUGCCGGGACAUUUCUUUAUGUUGCCACCGUCCAUGUCCUCCCUGAGGACACCAGCAUUAAUCAUUCAGGUUCCAGCCUCAGUCCACGGCCAUUGCCACCGGGGAAGAAGAGCAAGCGUGUGAUGCUCCUCACUCCCUCAAUGUCUUGUCUCACCUUGCCCAUCUCCACCCGUGUUCCUAGAGUCCGAGGGAGAUGAGAGUCGUGGAGAAGUGGGACAGCAUAUAGCAGGAGCAUCAGAAUUAGACAGAGACUGUGUUGUCUUUUAAAGGGACUUUGAUACAUUGAGUUUGGUGUUUCUCUUAACCCUAUUCUCAGGGAAGAUGGAAUUUAGUUUUAAAGUGGAGAACUUCAUACAAUGGAAUGGUAAUUAUGAAACUGCAGUGUUCUGUAAUUAAGCUGAAGUUUUUCCCUUAGUUUAGAGGCUCUGCCUCUUUACCCAUUGGUUUUUAACAUGGUUCUUGCCAUGUGAGACUGGUGCUUUAGCAUCUGUGCCACAGGCCAUGAGAGGAGGUGGGAACACCCAUCCCUUAGAUGCUAAAGAUGAUAGCAAGUAAUCUGAGGUUAGAAUAAGGAAAAUAAAGGCAGGAAACAUAAGCUGAACUGAACCCAAAAGAAACAUCCAUGGAAGGGGGUGCUUGGAGUCUUCAACAACUCCUUUGCACAUGCCUCCCUAAAUGAAGCCUGCCCUUCCUUCCAGUAGAGCGGGGGUUGGGGGGCUGGCUUUGAAGAGAGGUCUGUUAUCAUCUAGCAUUUUUUUCAAAAGUAUCCUUUGCAGAAUACUUGUCUGCAGCACACUCUUAGUAGCCAGAUUCUGUUCAGGCACAGGAUUUCUGUCAAGAACAGUAUGAUCACAGUGAAAUUAAGGGAUGUUAAACUUUCCUGGAAUUUGCAUAAUUACUGAUAUCUUGUAGUAACCUUUUUAAAAAGUAACACUAUUACAAAGUAUGUUGUCCUUUUCUUCUAACUAAGUCAGUGGUUCUCAACCCUCCGAAUGAACGCUGCAUUCCUUUAAUACAGUUCCUUAUGUCAUGGUGCCCUCCCAGCCAUAAAAUUAUUUUGUUGCUACUUCAUAACUGUACUUUGCUACUGUUAUGAAUUGUAAUCUAAAUGUCUGAUCACAGGAUAUCUGAUAUGCCACCCCUGUGGGUGACUCACAGGUUGAGAACCGCUGUUCUAAGUAUUUCUUUUAGCAGCCAGCAGCAGUCCCUCUGGCUGAGCCCUUGUCAGAGUUUCUGCCUGCUCCUUAGCUUCUGUGCAGGAGAUGGUAGGGCUGUAUCAGAGGGGAGCAUCUGCUGCUGGCCGCAAUCUCCUUGCAAUCAUGCCUGCAUCCCACUCUUCCCUGUGCUCUCCCCGCCUCCAUUGUGUUCUGCUACUGCUCCUGGUGAUGUCAGUCCUUGUGUGAGGUGAAUUCCCACCACUUGAACCAUGAUGAUGAAGACAGCACUGUCUGUUCUUUUCCUUCAACUAAGUUACCUUUGUGAACCUUAUUACACCCUCAAAAAUGUCACCUCCUCAUGCUAGUUGACACAGUCACUAGUACUCUGAUAAUUUAAGCAAUUGAGACAGCAAAAAGUAUUCAACUAAGGUAAUUCUUCCAUGUUUGCCAAAAUCUGAAUAAAUCCUAGUCAGAUAAGUGUAUAAUACUGUAUUUAUAUUUUCUGUACUAUUUCAAAAACACUUUACAUGAAGAGGGAGCCAAGACUAGUUUCUUCAGAGCAGUGAGUGCAGUCAUUUGUAUUUUUCUAUGACAUCUAUGCCAGCAUGCCUGUAGUUUUCUUUCUCUCCUAAAUUGUCACAGCCAGCAGCUAUGGGAUUAAACAUGUGUACCCUCUGCUGGCUGAAGUGAAGAAAGCAGAAAUGGGAUACUGUUCUGUGUGGCCAUUGCAUCCCAUGCUAAAGUGUUAAUGUGUGCAGUAUGGGAGUGUGGGCUACUCUCGUGAUUAGGCACAAACAGGUGACUUGGAAAGGUUUGGUCUCAUCUAGUCCUUCCAAAGUACAGAUGUCUUAAUCUCUCUAGAAGCUCACUGUGUCUGGUUUGGUUUGGGUAGAAGUAGCUUCUGUUAUCUCACUCAUUGCAGUGGUCAGAGAUGUUGUGCUGGCCAGAGCCUCUUUCGUUCAGCAGUGCCUUGCCAUCUCACUCUAAGUUUGGCUAGAAUAUCAUGUUGGGUAGGGCCUUGGUCUCUGGCAAGGACUGAACCAUCAAACUCCAAAUCUGCUUUCCCCUCCAGGCCUCAGUGAUAGUGAGCUUUCCAAAGCUGGGGCCUUUCCAGGCCCGGAGCUGUUGCCUGGUUGCAGCGUGUCCCUUCCCUGCCCAGCAGGCUCAGAUAGCCAUAUGACUCUUAAUAGGGCUCAAAUGCAUUAGAGGCCACAGGAACCAUGCAGAGGCCUCUGUCUAGUGGGGAGAGGUUGUUCAUGUGGCAGGCAGUGCCCCCAGAGCAGCCACCUUGAUCGCUUCACAACACGUUUCAGUUCUGUUUUCUUCCUCCUUAAAACUCCCUUUGGAGGUGUGGAUGCCUUAAUGCGCAAACACAUUUGAACACAUUGGUGAUACUUCAGCUGCUGCCACAAUUACAAGUGGAAUUAUGGGCUACCAAAGAAGCAAUUGAUGAAAAAUAUGGGCCCUCCUUCCUCAUGACCAAAGCAGUCUUAACUGGGAUUGGAGUCCCUUUCCCCCAGAAUCUAGAUGGUCUUCAGAUUCGUAGCACCCUCCCCUCCCCAGUUCCCAGUGUUGCCAGUCUCCAAGUCAGCAGGACAGAGUCCCAUUUGACUCUGCUUUCCUGUGUGUGCUGUUGCCAGCUUUCAUCCUUACAGGCAGACUUCCUGGCCUGGAAAUGCCAGUGGUUGGAACGAUACGACCCACUGAGGCAGUGUUCUCUCCCCUGCUUCACUUUAGUCCUCAGAUUCUCCAUUCAGAACAACCAAUUCAGCUGCUCCAGGGGGUUGGAUCAUUAGAAGAAAGGGAGGGUCUGUUCUUGUAGAAAGAGGAAAAUAGAACUGGCUGGUUCUAUUUUUCAAAGAUUAGAGAUAGGAGAGACAUAGCAGUGACAGAGUGUCUUAAGCCCUGACCUUCAUGCUAGUGAAGUUCUGAACAUGGGACUGUAUGUCGGUAGCACACACCUCUACGAUGCUCCUGCCUUUUUGGGCCAGAGCCCCAGACGGUUGUAUCACAGGCAGUCAUUUGGCAAGAGAGUCCUUGUGGCAGACUUCUGUUCAGUGCAGAGCAGGACUCACUCCUGAAGAACACUGGCCGAGAUAUUACACAACUGCAACCUUUUGUACUUGAGACAUCGAAGUUCAGCUCAGGAGACGUGACAAUGGGACUGGUGGGGAAGGGGCAGGCAGACACAUAGACUUCUUUACAUGCACUCCGUCCUCCACAGUGGCUAAGCACAGAGACUGGCUUGGCUCUCUGUUCGCUGUGUUUUCCUGUAAACUGGGACUCGGUGGGUUGGCAACACCAUGAUUCCCCUGGUUUGGUGACCUAACGGUGAUUUUAAAUGUCCCCUUUUCUGGAUCCUUUGUACACAUAAACUCAUUCCAUGGAUGGCUGCCUUAUAAUUUUGUGUCUUUCCACUUUAAUUGUGAAUGGUUUAAAAAUUGCUGUUUUCUGAUUUGUUUUAUGAAAUUAAAUUUUUAUUAGUGCA